CCCAAUCGCCACCUAGGCGGGCAGUCCUGCAGAAUCCAAAGGCGUGGUGGUCGUCAGAACGAUGGCGGACGCAGAGAAGAAAGCUAUUUCGGACGCAGAGAGGAAAGCUAUUGCGGAGAAAAUUGCUGCUACGACGAAACAGGUUCUGGAUGAGGCAGCAACCACUCUAGAACCUGCAGGAUUUCAGGAGGAAUCUGAGCUGGCUGCCAAGAUCAUGGAGGAGUUUAUGAAGAGCUCCCGGAAAAAAGACAAGCUGCUCUGUAGCCAGCUUCAAGUCGUGAACUUCUUACAGAGUUUUCUGGCUCAGGAGGAUAAUACUGACCAGAACCCAGACGUUUUGGCUUCUGAAGAUGAAAGUCGACAAAAGGCAACUGAAACGAAGGAGCAGUGGAAGGACAUGAAGGCCACAUACAUGGAUCAUGUGGAUGUCAUAAAAUGUGCCCUGUCUAAGGCCUUACCCCAGGUUAAAGAGGCUCACAAGAAGUACUCAGAGCUUCAGAACGCUUUUGAGCAACUGGAGACUAAGAAGCGAGUCCUUGAGGAGAAGCUUCAGUUGGCUCAGAAACAGUGGGUGAUGCAACAGAAGCGUCUGCAGAAUCUGACAAAGAUUUCUUCCGAGGUAAAGAGACGCCGAAAGAGGGCUCUGGAGAAGCUUGACGGAUCCCAUCAGGAACUUGAAACCUUGAAGCACCAGGCAGGCCAGGAAAAGGAGAGGCUGCAGAGGAACCAGAGCUACCUCCAGCUGCUGUGCUCCCUGCAGAAUAAGCUGGUCAUCUCCGAGACCGAAACUGAGGACAAAAAUGCCAAAGGGCGAGCCCUUCCCCCCAAAUCUCCCUAAAGAGCAGAAACUGAAGGAAAGGCCACCCAGAGACUGUCCCACCUGGGGAUUCAUCCCAUAUACAGUCACCAAAUCCGACACUAUCAUGGAUGCCAAGAAAUGCCAAAUGCUUGCCAUAAGGAGCCUGAUAUCACGGUCUCCUGAGAGGCCCUGCCAGAUCCUUACAGAUACAGAGGCAGAUGCUCACAGCUAACCAUUGGACUGAGUGUGGGGUCCCCAAUGGAGGAGUUGGAGGGAGGACUGGAGAAGCUGAAGGGGUUUGCAGCCCCAUGGGAAGAACAACAAUAUCAACCAACUGGACCCCCCUCAGAGCUCCCAGGGGCUAAGCCAUCAACCAAGGGGUACACAUAUCUCCAGCUGCAUAUGUAGCAGAGGAUGGCCUUGUCGGGCAUCAAUGGGAGGAGAGGUCCUUGGUUCUAUGAAGGCUCAAUAGAUUCUCCAGUGUAGGGGAAUCAAGGCUCAGGAGGUUGGAGGUGGGUGGGUGGAGUAACAGCCUCAUAGAAGUAGGGGGAGGGAGGAUGGGAUAGGGGCUGCCCAGGAGGGCUGGAAAGGGGAGAACAUUUGAAAUGUAAAUAAAGAAUAUAUCCAAUAAAAAAAAUUUUAAAAAAGCAAAACAAAAAAACCCCAAGCAUUUAUUUAACCUAGGACUUGAUAAGGUUUGGGAGGGUGAGUUCAUGAUCAUUAUGGCAGGGAGAAUGGCAGCAGGCAGGCAGGCAUGGCGCGGGGGCAAUAGCUGGCAGCUUAUAUCUGCAGCAGGCAGACAGGAGAGACAGGAGCCUGGACUUUUGAAACCUCACACCUUAGCCAUAGUGUCAAGGUCUCUGAAAGUCCACACCUAAUCCUUCUGAAACAGUGCCACCAGCUAGAGCCCAGACAUUCAUAUAUAUGAGUCAAUGGGGCCCAUUCUCAACCAAGCCACAACAGAGUACAAAAGACUUUAUAGCAUGAAAAUAUUUUUGUUUCAUCCUCAAGGUAAUUCCUGGUAUGUUUUUCACAGCUCUUUCUAUGGUAUACUUUUCUGUUUUCAAGCUUUAUCAAAGUAAAAUAGAAACAUAGUGUAUAGUGUUAAGGUAUACAACAUGUUUUGAUAUAUGAAUAGGCUAUGAAAUAAUUAAAUUAAGCCUAAUAAUGUAUUUCUUCACAUAAUUUUCUGCACUGAGACCGAAAGAUGCACCUAGCAGGCUUUAAGAGUACAGUAAAUCAACUUGAAAUACUAGUACAGUGUGAAAUUAGUAUACAUUAUAGUAUGCAUUGAUUUAAUCAUGAGUCUUAGCCUAGUUUUUGAGUGACCUGCUAGAUACUUAGAUUCUUGAGCUCUGAAAACGUUACUGUUGGGAUUCUUAGUCUAUUAACUAACCAACAUGCCUCCUUGAAAUAUUUUGGACGAGAAUCAACAUCUAUGUUUUUAUUUUUAAGCCUUUUUCAAAUUUAUCUUGAAAAACAUAAUUAUCCUACCAUAGCUGAAUAACAGAAUUCUAACAAAAGAUAUAUUGUCCAUGCACACAGACACACUUGAAGUUGGUGGUAGAUACAAUGGAGCAGGGGUAUGACUACUUGCUAGAUAUUAGGUUUCCCCACCCAGUAGCAGUUUUUUUUUUUGUUCUCCAAAUUCAUUUGUACUAGACCCUACAUAUUUUUGUCCACUAAUCAGUGUAAGCUUUGAUUUGUGAUAUAUUUACACUUGAAAGGUAUUUGGCAAAUGUUUGUUGUGUAAUAUUAAGAGUAGACUUCAGGAUGAUUACACCUGUCAGGCUGAAGAAACAUCAGAAAUGGAAUACAGGAGAAACAGAUAAGAACAAGCGAAUACCAGGAAGACAGGAGAGGUUAAUGUUGAUAAGCCUACUUUAAAAGAAAACAGUGUAACUGAGUUGCCAGCAUAUUACACUCAGGGAUAAUGACUAAGUCAGUUAAAUGUCUCUUGUAUUCCUAGAUGGUAGUAGUUACCAAUUUUAAAAAUAAAAGAUGCUUCUGGAAAAUAAAGAACCACAUAUUUUACAGUAGAUCCUAUACUGCAUCUGUUUCUAAAUGCAUUAUCAGUGUGUGUGUGUGUGUGUGUAUGUGUGCAUGUGCAGAGACCAGACAACUCUUAUGACUUGUAUUAGGUAGGUGCAUAGCACAGGUACAGUACUAUUUGAAAAUAGACCGUGGUAGAAACUCCAGUCAGUGAUGCCAGCAUAGCUCCCAGAAAGGAAGGAGGAGAUAGGAAAGCAGUAACUUUGAGAUAGGAGAGCACUUUGUACCUUGUGGGACCUGUUAGAAGGCUAAGGGUGAGAGCAGACUAAGGAGAUGGGGAACAUGAAAUACUGCCUGAAGUGCUCAGAGCUGGGUCAGGGUAGCCGUUGUGGACUGUGCUUGGGAGUUUAGGUUUUAUUCUGUGCUAAGAAGCUAGCAAGGAUUUUGAAAGAGACAACUAUGUGUAUAUAAUGUAAAAGAACUUAAAGCUGCUAUGUGGAUAAAAAAAAUAAUAUGAGGUGAAAGGUGAUUGUUGAUUGUAUCAGAGUGGUGCUUUUGGAAGGAGUGAUAAACAGUAGAUGUGGCUGGAUGUAGGAAAAGAGCUAACAAAUGUGCACCUUCCGAAUUUCUGAUGGAAAAACAGUGCUAUCAAUAUUGUAUGGCGAAUUGAAAGCCAGCCAAGCCCUGUCUUAUUUGACAAAAUUUAUCUAGGCAGGGUCUUAAUGGCCUCUCACACUUCUUAAGACACUCUACCGUGUAUCCAAAGAUAAACUAUGAUGGAAUAAUAAAGAUCAACGGCAGGAAACACCAUAGUCUCCUAAAUAAGAUUUUGCAAUAGCCUGGGAGAAUGUCAGACUGCUACUGUCCAGCUGCCUUUCUUCCUUUUCUCGAAUUCCUCUUGUCUUGGUAGCUGACAGAAGACUUUGAUGGAGUAGUAAUACCAUGUGUCUUUGCUUGACCUUGGUGCUCAAGUUUGCUACAGGACAUCAGUGGGAAAUGCAAGCAGACAAGCAUGUAGCUGGGGCUCUGUCGGGGAGAUGCCCUGCUGAAGCUCCAGAUGGAGGUCAUCGGCCCACAUCUGCAUUUCUCAGUGUGCAGGCAGCUGCUCUCCCUGACAUGUUAGACUCCUCAAAGGGAUGCUUGUCCUUGGUACUCAGCAAUUCUGUUGCUUUGAGUCGGAAAGUCCUAGGAUUGAAGUACAGGGAAAUAGUUUAAAGAUUAUUUUAUUUUGUUAAAAAGAAAAAAUAAGAAUCCUAGUGUGUAAAUAAAUAUCAAAGGUAAUCUUUUGGAGGACACUGGGCAGAGACCUUUGGAAAGCAGUCAUACCAUCAAAGCUGUUGAUGGUAUAUUAUUUUAAGACUUAAUCUAAUAUAGGAAGAUAUAAGGAAGCAAGAGUUUAAAUUAAGAACCUUGAUCAUUGAAUUCCAUCUGUGUUAAAAAAAAUAUCUUUUGGGGUGUGUGUGUGUGUGUGUGUGUGUGUGUGUGUGUGUGUAGGAGAGAGAGAGAGAGAGAGAGAGAGAGCAAGUGAGCACACUUGUACAUCUGUCUUUAUGUGGGUCUGAGCACAUGAGUUACAGGUAUCUUCAGAGGCCGGGAGAGUGUGUGACAUUCCCUGGAGAUGGAGUUAAAGGACAUUUGUGAGCCACCCUGGAAACAAAACUCUGCUUCUCUACAAAAGCAGCAAAAACUCUUAAGCAGCAAGCUCUGAACCCCAUAUUUCACAUAGCAGAUAUAAUUGUUCUUAGAAUUUUGUAUUAACUUUGACACAGGCAGGCUUCUUGGUUUGGUUAUGAUUCUGAAAAACACUUCUAUAUUUCAUUCUUCACUUUCUUAUAAAAUAUAUGCAUAUUAAAUAUUAUAUGUGUAUAUUAUAUAUCUCUUGUAUAUGCAUCCUGUACAUACAUAUAUUCUCUCUCUAUAUGUAUAUAUACAUGCAUAUAUGAUAUAGAUAAUUUUAGCAAAAUUAUAAGACUAAAAUUCAAGGUUAUUUUGAUUUAUCAAAAUGUCUUCUUUCUGGGACAUGACUAGAAGAAAUGACACAUCUCCUAAAUCCGUGGGGACAUGUGUAGGAUGGUACACGUGUGUGCAGUCUGAAUGUGAAGAGCGUAAAUGCCUCAGUGAUAUGGGAGAGGAUAUCUUGUGAGUCCCUUCUUUUGUUAGCCUGCUCUGAAAAGUGAAAGGAAUAAUUGCAGAAGUAUUAUUUCCCCAAACUUUAUGAAAAGCAUUGGUAUCUCCUAAGUUUUGAUGCAAGCACCCCAGAGGCUGUGCUUUCUCAGUGUGCUUGCAGGGAGAGCAAGGACAGUGCAGGGUUUCCUCAUCUCCUGGGCACCAUGCAUGCUGUUCCCUCACAUGCUGACUCGCUGUGCAGCCUUCUGAUGUCCUGUCACGAAUAUCUCAGUAAGACUUGGAGUUGUACAGCCAGUUUUGUGUACACGUUUUGUGUAUUGGUUUUCUUUUUUGCUUUGUAUUUCAGAUCAAGCUUUGGGGUAAAUUAAUGACGAAAGUAACAGUCUCCCAAAUAAGGCAAAUAACUAGGCUUUAGGUAAAAAGGGACUUGAAAAUGCUAACACAGAUGCUGGAAGCCGUGGGGGUCACGAUCAAGGCAAGCUUGUGCUGUGAGCAUCUGUGAGUGAAGUACCUGCAUAAGGGGCCAGUGGCUUCCUGUUCCUUCUUAUCCUGGGUAUAAGUGCAUACCUAGACACUGGUGCAUGAGGGAGUAUGAACCUAUACUGUGUGCUCUUUUUGUCUUAGCACAAGUUCAGUGAGAAUCUUUGUGUGUGUGAUGUGUAUAGUGGCUUUCUCAGAUACCAAUUCCUAUGAAAUAUGCCAAGGCAUUGCAUGCAUUUUUAUCUGCUGAUAAGUCAAAACUUAAAGUAGUUUAUAUUAAAGAUAGCUGAACUGGCACUUAGGUACUGUGUAAUCUCUUCAGAAUGACUAGGUAAGUAGUAGUGAUGCUGGAUUUAGAUGCAAAGCUCUGGUGCAGCCUCCUGUGUCAACUGACUGCAGGGAAAGGAUUCUUUUUGUCAAGCUGAAUGUUUGGUGUCAUUUAGUAAGCUAACUAAGAGGAACACAGCUGUCUCGAAGGUCUCACUGUUUCUUAUCUUGUGAAAUUAAGGCUGGUUUUUCUUCUCAUAGUUUUCCCAGUACUAGUUAUUUGUGUUAUGAGAAACAAGUGCCCAUUCUUGAGUGUGCUGUGAAGUCUCUUUGAAAAUAACAGUUAUGAUGGUGCAUAUUCAUAGUCUUUAUCCUUGGAAGGCCAAGGCAGAAGAAUCACUAUUAGUUUAAGGUUUCCCUGAGCUAUAUAGUAACUACCAGACCUUCCUAGAAACGGAGUGAGAGCUUUUCUCAAAUGUUAGUGUCCACAUACACAAACACGCAAAUGCACACUCACAUGUGAACAUACAUAUGUAUGUGCACAUGCACUAUAUACUAUAAAACAAAAAGGUUCUGGGAUAGCUUUCACAGUACAGUCUCAGCUCAGAAAGGCUCUCUUGACCACAGGCAGUUACUUGAAUUGCCCCAGAGUUCUGAAAUCUAAAAUGUAAUAUGUCAGAACUGGAAAUGAUUCCCCUCUGGUGUACAAUCUGGGAGGGAAUUUCUUGUCACAAUUUAAAAUAUUUUCCUCUAUAAGGUUGAAAACAUUGAUGGGUGAAAUUUGCCUUUUUACACUGCAUUUAUGGAUCAUCUUGAAAAAGAAAUGAGUGCUAUCAAGCCACUCAGUGAAGAAGGAGACGAAGAAGCUUUUGUAAAACACAAAAUUAAAUCCACCUACUGCACAGCUGUCCUGCACCGAGAGCAUUGAGUGAGAAGACAGCAGGGAAGGAGGAGCAUUCCAGGGGGAAUGGCAGUUGCGGUGGGGUGGGGUUUGUUAUGAAAAUGCAUUAAGUAGAGAAAAAUAAUUCUGUACUAAAAUACAACAAAAAGCCGUAGCAUGAGUUCUAAGCCCAUGAGUUACACAGGAUCUUUCUGACUAGAUUCUAUAAAGGAACCUAUGAAGAGGAUCAAUUAAACGGAAUGGCACUAGAGUGAGUAUAUGUGAAGAAAGAAAUGUAGAGAGAUGUGAUAGAUGGGCCUUGAUGACAAAGCUAACAGGACACUGGAUUUGAGCCUGUCUGAGAGAGACAUGUCAGCGAGAAGCUUUGAGUAUAUAAACUGAUUCAUUUACAAGGACCACCUCUUUUCUAUACAGAUUAGACUAGGAAUGAUAUGUUUGAAAUACAGUUAUUUCAAAUUUAUAGUUGUAUUCAACAAGAUUGAAACAUGACUACGAUCUGGGCCAGGUACAGUUGGUAGAAACAUGGUAAAUCUGCUUAUGGAUAGGUUGAGGCUCUGUUUUAUUUAUCCCAUUGAUUGAACAUUAAGUGUUUGAACUAUAUAUAAUGGGGGAAUUCCGAAGUUUCUUUAUUCUGAACUGGUAGGAUCCAGUUCUGUGGACCUUGACCAAGAAACAAAGCUUAUGGUAGGUAUACUAGGUUUACAGUUCAGAUUUAUCCAAGUGGCACAGUUGAUCACAGCAUUCAUGUGUGUAAGGACCAUUGACAGACUGGAAUUAAGCAGCUUUAGUCCAUUUAUGUAUGUAUCUCAUAGGGCUGAGGUGGCUAAGGACACAAAAGUAUGGCAACAGCUAAAGAUAGGGUUGAUGUCAUCAGCUCUUUAACACUUGUUGUAUGACUUUGUAUUUUACAAGAAACAAAGAAAAACAGUGUUUUGGCGUGGAGCACCUUUUCUACUAAGAAUGAGAAGUGUGAUAUGCUUAUAGCUUGAGAAGUGAGAUGGUUUAAUGAUGUCUUCAAGAGCUAAGGAGUAGGGACUGAAGGGAAUUUAGUUAAGAUUGAAAGCUGUUUGUGAAGCCUGUUAGCAGAUCAUCAGGAUGGACGUAGUGAGAUACAGCAAACUUGUACUUUGCCUGAAGAACCUGCAGCAAGACUCCGUGGCCUGGAUUGUUGACCCAUUGCAUGGAGAUGGACUUUGUGGGAAAUCUUAGAUUGUUGGAGACAUUUAUGGGAACAGGAACCAAUCUUUAAUUAAA